AUGGGCAUCUGUGCAUCUUCUCAAUACACAGGCCAAGGUGGGAUAGCCCUUAAAUGGCCAUCCACAGUCAAGAUAAUUCACUUGGAUGGAACACUCCAGGAGUUGAAGCACUCAAUCAAAGCCGAACAAAUCCUCUCCCAGAACCUUGGCUGCUUCCUCUGCAGCUCAGAAUCCAUGUACAUCAACUCCCACAUCCCCUUCAUCCCCCAAAACGAAGAGCUAAAGCUGGGUCAAAUCUAUUUCCUCAUGCCACUCUCUAAAUCCCAUCAAACACUUUCUCUCCAAGACUUGUGUACACUAGCCAUCAAGGCUCAUGCUGCUCUUACUCAUUCAGAACCAUCAACUACAAGAACCUCAAAAUUGUCAAAUAAUUUUUGUACAACUCCGGCUGGGGUUAACAUCGUUGGAUUGAGUUCUACGCUGAGAUGA